UGUGUGUUCGAUAACUAAUAUAAUGCGAGCUUUUGUGUUUUUAGUACAUUUUGAUGGUAAAAUAUUAGAUUUUAAAAUGCCUUUUCCAGAAAGCCUAUGAAGUAUAGGCAUAAUGAACAGUAACCAGUCUGGUUGGCAACAAAGGCCGCUACCUGGCGUUGUGACGACACAACUGGUACUCUAUACUGUAGUUCAUAAACAUUGAACCAAUUCACAGUUGGAUCUGAAGUUGUCAAUAGACCGAAUUAGCGACGAAAAAUGACGUCAUCACAAUUUGGCCGAAUGGGUAUAAAAUUGUAAACAGAGUCUAAAAUUCCUAUUCUAUAACAUUGCGAGUUUUUGUAUGGGCCAGGAAAACAAGCAAAAAACCAAAGUAUGCGGUUAAGAUACUUUUUAAAACAUUGAUAGGUUAAAGGAAGGUUCAUAGUCCACAAUGGCCUUCCAUAGCCCUAUUGGCCUCCCAUAGGCCCAUUGUGUAACGACCUUCACAUAAAGAUAAGAAGGCAUUCUACAAGUAGCAGUUCAAUCUUCAACAUCUAUUCAAUCUUACUGUGUACAAGGUGCUCAUUAUUUCAACCUUUUUCAAUGUGUAGGACGAUAAGACUUUAUACCAGAUCAAUCAGAUCAAUUGGAUUGUUAAAUUAGAUCGUUCAACGAAAUUCUGCUAUCAGAUCCAGAUCAAUAAAAUUAAUCACCACAGUUAUAUCCGUGUUUGAGUCGUCAUUGACCUACACCCCGUGAUAGAGAUCACAUAAGUUUAAAGUCCUCAUGAACUGCAAGACCCCGACUUGGUUAUUAAUGACUUAUUUUGGGGUGCUACUGGGUUGGAGGAACUCCCGUUCGAUGCAGCCCCACAGUCAAGAGGCACCGCAGAAUCAGCAACUGUGCAAACAGAUACCAGCACCAUGGUGGAGACUACACAGGUUCAACAUCAAAUGCCCAUACCAAGCGCUGAAAUGCCAAAGGAAGAUAUUGAGUUACUAAACAUUACAGCAUCUGCCCAGAUUCACACUGGUGAAACAACCGAUGCUGUCAACACAACUAUGCAUGGUCAUACAUCCAAAGUUGCUCAAACACAGAGCAUGCAGUCAAUGAAUGCCAUCAACAACAGUGCAACUUUUCAGGAUGCACAAUCAAUCCAUGCAAAUAUACAGUUGCACAGGCAACUAAUGUAAGAAUUUAGACUAUGAAGAAUGCACAAUCACACGACAUGGCCAACGGAGCUUCACAAAUUCGGAAUGUGCAGACUUCCAGCAUACCUGUCAAUGCUAGACAGGUAAAUGUGAGUGCUGAAUCAAAACCUCAAGUUCAAAUGAACUCAUCCAAUCAAUUUACAGCUGCAACAAUCGCCGAGCUUAACAUGAGAAUGUUAGCAGCUCAGGAAAAGCAGAGCGAGGCACUGUUAAGCCUCUGUAAACAACAGCAACUGCCAAACCCAACAAUUCCACCGUAUGGAGGCGACCCAACAGAAUACUCUCAAUUUAUGAACUCUUUCGUCAAUUUUGUAGAGUCGCGGCUCCCGAACGACAUAAUGAAGCUGCAUUAUCUAAUUCAAUAUACCAAGGGAGAAGUCCAGAUGCUGAUGAUAGUUGUUUAACUAUGAAGGAUGGAUUCCAGCAUGCAAAGAAAAUGCUGGAAGACAAGUAUGGAAGGCCAUACAUCAUCGCAGCUGCCUACAUAAAAAAGAUUGUCGAAGCUGAGCCACUAAAGGCAGAGGAUUCAAAUGGUCUGAGGGAAUUCUCAGUCAAUCUGGCUGGGUGCAUUAACAUCCUAAAAGAAAUAGUAUGUUCUUCAUAAUUGGAAUCUCCAGAAAAUAUGCGUAAAAUUAUCAGCAAACUGCCAUUCAGACUACGGCUCGCAUGGAGGGACUCCGUGGACCGCCUUAUUCAGAAAGAAAAAAGGGACGUCAACAUAAACGAUAUGUCGGAAUUCAUUGCAGAUAAAGCAAGGGCAACUACACAUCCAGUAUUUGGUGUCGUAGAAGGAAGCAACAAACAAAAACAGCAGGGGCAGAAGGGAACUGUUUAUGCUCAACAAGGAAAACCCAACUCUGCACCUAACUCACCAACCUGUCCUCUAUGCUCGCAUGGCCACUUCCUGCCCAGAUGUGAAACAUUCAAGAAAAUGUCCUUAGGUGGUCGCUUGAAUGUGAUAAAGGACAAAAGGUUAUGUAGAAACUGCCUGACGCCAGGUAUUUCGCUUCAACUUGCUCUAAAAACAGUUUCUGCUAGCUUUGUUCAUGACAAGCAUUCAACAUUUUUACAUCCGACUAAAUCAGCGACUACACCAGCCAAUGCUGAAGUAAAAUCGCCCGAAGCAAAAGACAAGCUGAAUAUGGCAGCAGGUGUCAAAGGAUCAAGAAUAGGGCUAGCAGUAGUGCCUGUUCGUGUGAAAGUGGCAGGCUUCAGCAAGAGUGUCGUCACUUAUGCAUUUCUAGACAAUGGGUCCAACACUACCUUUUGUACCGAUGACUUGUUGAAGAAACUCAAUGCUAAAUGCAGCCAUGUGAACAUGUCUUUAACAACAAUGAACGGUGAGACACCUAUGAAAUGCAAAAUGACCUCUUUGGAAAUCCUGGAUUUAGAUGGUAAUAAUUGUACAUCAUUACCAAAGGUAUAUUCAAGACCCAAUCUACCCAUAACAAGAUCGCUUAUAGCAAAUCGGGAUGAUUUAACCAAAUGGCCACAUCUGAAUGAUGUACUGUAGUUCUAAGAGAUAUCAAGGCCGAUGUGGGAUUGCUUAUCGGGAGUGACAUACCCCAAUUUCUACAGCCAUUGGAAGUAAGAUCAUCCUUGGAUGGAGGUCCAUAUGCUACUAGAACUAUUAUGGGUUGGGUCGUCAAUAGUCCGCUCAAUGGUAAUCCACAUAACCCAUCUUGCAACUUCAUUGAUUUAGACCAUGUUUUCCUGGACAACCAGUUUAAGCAGUUUUGCAAGGUAGAAUUCAGUGACAUCAGCAAGUCAAGAAUCGAAAUGUCAACUAACGACAGAAAAGCGUUAGAAACUAUGGAAACCAGUGCUACACUGAGUAAUGGAAAGUAUGUUAUUGGAAUGCCAUGGAAGACCUAUCCACCAAAUCUUUCAAAUAAUCGUGCUGUAGCAUACCGUAGGUUGGAGUCACUUAAGAGAAAACUCCAGAACAAUAACGAUCUACGUAUGAAGUAUACAGACUUCAUGAGGGAGCUGUUAGAUAAAGGAUGUGCAAGAAAGGUAAACAACAAAGAAUUAGGUGCUCCUGGCUGGUAUCUCCCACAUCAUUCUGUUAUCCACCCACAGAAACCAGACAAGGUGCGUGUCGUUUUCGAUUGCUCCGCAAAGCAUCAAGGAACGUGACUAAACGACCAACUUCUACAAGUAGCAGUUCAAUCUUAAACAUCUUGAAACAUAUAUUCAAUCUUACUGUGUACAAGUUGCUCAUUAUUUCAACCUUUUUCAAUGUGUAGGAUGAUAAGACUUUAAACUUAUAUGAUCUCUAUCACGGGGUGUAGGUCAAUGACGACUCAAACACGGAUCAAUCAGAUCAAUUGGAUUGUUAAAUUGGAUCGUUCAACGAAAUUCUGCUAUCAGAUCCAGAUCAAUAAAAUUAAUCAUUACAGUUAUAUCCGUGUUUGAGUCGUCAUUGACCUACACCCCGUGAUAGAGAUCACACACAGAACUAUCAGAAGAUACGUUUGAUUUGAUUUUCAUGUAAAAUUAAGUUAAAUAUACGUAGAGUUUUUACAGGCUAGGCCUCUGCCCCUGGCACUUGUUGCACGACAACGCGACAUGGCUGGAUGUGAUGAUUGAGUGAGGCCUGACUGUAAACGUUCAGCUCCGUGCUGUCGUCAAGUCUUUUACUUGUUAGACAUCCAGUCUGCCAAAGUUAUUGGUGUGAAUUUAGGAACAUUAUUCAAUAGUUUUGAAUAACUUAGCUUUCCUUGAAAUCUGCAAGUACAACACAUUUCAUGAGUUUUGCAACAAGUAUAUUCAUCGGCCGACGUCAUGAUUCACUGUGAGUGAAUACACGGCUGCCGUCGUCGUGCUGUAACACAGGCAGACGCGACCAAUGUACGUUUUAUUCUUGUUAUAUUUCACAUUUGGCAUACACAAUCGUAGAGAAAAGAUGACAUUACAUUCAUAAACAUGUAACAAUGGUUUCUGUUAAUUUAAGUCACACUCAACUUUACACACAAAGCGUGUAUGAGACAUUUUAGUAAAGGCUAUCUUAUUUUACUGUGUAAAUCGCCUAUUUUCGUGCGUUUGUUUUUGUUCGAAUACCCACUAUAGCUGAACAGCGUUGAUCGCUAAUUCGGUCUAUUGUAUUGUACUUUAAAAAAUUCUACCUAAAAAUCUUACCAAGGUCAUUGAUCCAAAAAGGAAGCUUUGGGCUGUAGGCUCAGUCUGGGUCUGCCCAGAGCCUCUGGUUGGAUUCAAGGAGAAAAAGCCCAAGACGAGGCAAGGCACAGGGGCCCCCAGAGGCUCUGACAUUCAUAUUUUUAAUUCAUUGAAUGGAUAACAUUACUUACAAUUAACAUUAAUCUCUACACAACGUUUUCAGAAUAUUUAUCAUAAAAGUGUAUCAAUUUACCUUGUGAUCUUUAAUUAAAAUUAUUUUACAAUUUAACUCAGAGAAAAUGAAAGUCUGCAAGCCCAGGGCUCUAGUUUUGACUUUUCCUACUUCAAAAUUGAUCCAAAAUAUUGGACACAUAGAUCUAUCUGUAUAACAGUGCAACAGUGUUUGAAGAGAAUUCAGCUGUUAUAAAUUUAUAAAGUAUCUUCCAGAAACCAUGGGUUUCACCAAUUAUGUACGUUUACACAAGAGUGAAUAAAACAAACUCUGAAAAAAGGUGAUACAAACCAUUGUGAUUCAAUCAUUUGAACUUUAUUAGUUUGUUUCAUUCUAUCUUCCGUCUCCUUGUAUUAUAAGAAAUACAAUACAUAUUUUGAAGUAUACAGUAUGUUAAAAUUUAAGAAAUGUUUGAACCUAUUUAAUGUUUUGUUACAAAGGAACACCAAGAAAUACAUCAGACUGAAAAAAAUGAAACAAUUGAAUUUAACAAAAUAUGGCAUUACCAGUCUAGUCUCUGUAUCAAGCUUAAAAUCAUAGUUUAUGCUGUCAUGCAUUGAGAUUUCUGUGGUUUUUUUACUCACUAUAAGGCCAUGUAAAAAAUAAGUUGUUUGUUCGUGAACAGGGAGUUGUUGAGUGUAUAAAUUCCACCCGAUCAAACAUUACACUGGAAAGGCCUUGCCUUCCAUGGGGGAUUUGAAGACUUGGCAUGUAUCAAGGAGGUGGUUUCAUUACAGAUUACAAAAAAAACCUCCUUGCCUACCAUUAACAAUUACUUUUUUUAAAUGGCCUAAUUGAAGCGAGCGCACCCUCUAGUUACGUCCAAUUUUCUUUCAGAAAUAAUAAAUAAUGAAAUUAU